UCUAAAUUCUCUCCCCCCAAAUCAUUUUUAAUGGUCCAUUGAUUUCCUCUUCAAAAAAUCUCUUCAAUUUCUUAGAAUUUCAAAUCAAAUCUGUAAUGGCCGGAAUUUGUUGUGGCGUCGUCGGAGAAGGUGAUUCGGCUACCGGAGUAGCCGAAACAAGCUCGAGAGCUUCGAGACGGAGGAGAUUGGAUCUCCGGCCGUUUAAAAUGGUUGCGGAUUUAGCUGUUCAACCUCCGUCGGAAAACAAUAAUAAACGGCAGAAAGUUGAGCUUGUUACUAGAAAUAAUACAGUUGUUCCGCCGCUCGAAAGCUCUUCUCGUGGUCGGGACUGUAAUAACGAUGAUGAACGGAGUAAUAAGAAGUCGAAUGCUGAUAAGAAAAACAAAGAGUGUUUGGAUUUAAAUCGCGAGUCUGUUAAUAAAAACUUAGAAUCGGAAACUCCGAAAUUCGGUACGACUUCUGUUUGCGGUAGAAGACGGGAUAUGGAAGACGCUGUGUCGAUCCAGACGUCGUUAACCGGUCCGAAAACUUCGUUUUUCGGCGUUUUCGACGGUCACGGUUGCUCUCAUGUUGCGAUGAGAUGCAGAGAGCGGUUACAUGAAAUAGUGAAGGCAGAAAUGGAAACGUUUCGAGAAGAGAAGAGCGUCGAGUGGAAGCAAACAAUGGAGAGCAGCUUUGCGAAGAUGGAUAAAGAGGUGGCGGAUUGGUGUAUCGUCGGAGAUGAAUCUCCGAAAUGCCGCUGUGAGCUUCAGACUCCUCAGUGCGACGCCGUUGGAUCGACUGCUGUUGUUGCUGUUGUGACUCAUGAUAAGAUCGUCGUCUCUAAUUGCGGCGAUUCCCGCGCUGUGCUCUGCCGUGGCGGCGCUGCUGUCUCACUUUCCUCUGAUCAUAAGCCUGAUCGGCCAGAUGAACUGCACCGAAUACAAGAAGCCGGCGGUCGUGUAAUCUACUGGGACGGGCCGAGAGUCUUGGGUGUUCUAGCCAUGUCGAGAGCAAUCGGCGAUAAUUAUCUGAAACCGUAUGUGAUAUCGGAGCCGGAGGUGACAAUGACGGAACGAUCCGACGAGGACGAGUGUCUUAUAUUAGCAAGUGACGGUCUAUGGGAUGUAGUCUCAAACGAGACAGCCUGUGGCGUUGCACGAAUGUGUUUACGGGCAGAUAGGCCGUCGUCUUCAUCGCCGGGGAGCGAUUCCACCAUGAGUAGCGGUUCUGUUGAGAGUUCCGAUAAGGCGUGUUCUGAUGCUUCAAUUCUGUUGACUAAGCUUGCUUUGGCUAGACAAAGUACGGAUAAUGUUAGUGUUGUUGUGGUUGAUUUAAGAAGGAAACAACGUUAACAGCAAUGAUUAGCAGAGAUCAAAGUUCAAAUUUUCUUCAAGGAAAUUUAGUAUAUGGAAAUAGUAUUUUUUA